GACGCGUCGGGGCGGGGCAUCGAUAUGACUAUCUCGGCUUAGCUCCGCGUUUGCCAGUCUUUACGUCAGCUUGCACCAGGAACAGACUUGUCCAUCAUCUCGUCAAAGUUUGUCUUGAUCUUUAUAAUUACAUCCAAGACUUCCAAAACAGAAAACAUUCACGCGCUACUGGGGGAAUGCUACGCAGGUAUGCGACGAUAGCCUCAAAGCCACCAUCCCGGCUGCGAGCGCGAGGAAAAAGCCCUGUCGGACUCGAUCAUUUCAUCCAGAGACAGCGUGCCAUGGCGUUGUGGAGAGAAAUCGUACGGAGCACGGCGAAUAUCCCUGACGAGACGACAAGGAAAGACAUGCGACAGUUCGCUCGUUCUGAAUUCGAACAACACAGGAACGUCACAGAUCUUGGUCACAUUCGAUAUUUGAUAUCUGUACGUUCUGGUUCUGCUUCUUUGCCACUCCCGCUGCAAGCUAACACAUUUCUCCAGUAUGGCAAAACACAGUUCCAGACGAUGAAAGGCUCUCUCAUCAACUCUGGACUGCUCAAUGAAUGAAUAUAUAUAUAUAUUUCUUUCCUUUCACUUCUCAUGUCACCUGCUUUCCAUCGUGUCCAUUGGUCAUCUUACCGAGGGGUAGUUGACUAGCGUGCUUUUUCUCCCCCAACGCAUGCAAGCUGUGAGCACCAUCAAGACUACGACAUCGCGUCAGGGCG